GGCACAUUUAGUCCAGGAGACCUCAUGUGCUCAGGCGACAGGGCUCCUGUCAGUCUGUGACCAACCAGAGGACGGUUCACGCAGAGACAGAAAGAGGAAUAGAGAGAGAGAGAGAGAGAGAGAGAGAGAGAGGGAGGGGAGAGAGAGAGAGAGAGAGAGAUACAGAGAGAGAGUGUGUGUGUGUGUGAGAGAGAGAGAGAGAGAGAGAGAGAGAAAGAGAGGAAACAAGAAUCUUUUUUUUGCGAUAUGAACACAUGAGGGCAAAACACUUAUGCAAGCUACCAGAUAUAUCUUUGGACUUCUUUUUCAAACGACACGACAUUUCAUUCAGCGGAUUAUAAGGCUGCGUCCCUUUUCAAGCCAAUGGGGAGCGUAAGCCCCACGGCACUGGCAGAGAACGUGUCGGUGGGGACCAACUCCUCGUGGGCGGACAUCAUCAUCGGAGCGGGCACCACCACCACCACAGCAGCAGCAGCGGCGGCGGAGGAUGUGGGCACAGUGGCGUCGGGCACAGCAGGUGGGGAGCGCAGCGAGGCGGAGGUGGUCCUGCUGGGCAUCCUGAUGGGCAUCUUGGUGCUGGGCAUCGUGUUCGGCAACGUGCUGGUGAUCACGGCCAUCGUGCGCUUCCAGCGCCUGCAGACGGUCACCAACUACUUCAUCACCUCGCUGGCGUGCGCCGACCUGGUGAUGGGCAUGCUGGUGGUGCCGUUCGGCGCCAUCUACAUCCUGCUGCGCAGCUGGCACUUCGGCAGCUUCCUGUGCCUGUUCUGGACGGCGGCCGACGUGCUGUCGGUGACGGCCAGCAUCGAGACGCUGUGCGUGAUCGCGCUGGACCGCUACGUGGCCAUCACCUCGCCGCUGCGCUACCCGUCGCUGCUGACGCGCCGGCGCGCCUGCGUGGUGGUGCUGAGCGUCUGGCUGGUGGCGGCCCUCAUCUCCUUCCUGCCCAUCCACAUGGGCUGGUGGCGCUCGGACGACGCCGAGUCGCGCAGCUGCAACAACGACACCUACUGCUGCGAGUUCCAUACCAACACGGCCUACGCCGUCUCCUCCUCCAUCAUCUCCUUCUACAUCCCGCUGGUGGUCAUGGUCUUCGUCUACGCCCGCGUCUUCCAGGAGGCGCGCAAGCAGCUGCAGAAGAUCAACCGCAGCGAGGGACGCUUCCACCUGCAGCAGCUGCAGCUGCAGCAGCAGCAGAGCACGCGCUCGGCCGCCGGCCGCUCCUCCGCCGGGGACGUCCGGGGGGGCGCCAAGCGCACCCGCUUCUACCUGAAGGAGCACAAGGCGGUCAAGACGCUGGGCAUCAUCAUGGGCACCUUCACGCUCUGCUGGCUGCCCUUUUUCGUGCUGAACGUGGUGUCGGCCAUCUGGGACUUGGGCGACAUCGGCCUGACGUUUCGGAUACUCAACUGGAUCGGCUACGCAAACUCGGGCCUGAACCCCCUCAUCUACUGCCGCAGUCCCGAGUUCCGGAGCGCCUUCAAGGAGAUCCUGUGCCUGGGCAGCCGGGCGCUGCUGGGCAGGGACAGGAAAGCCAACGGAUUAUCGCAGUCCUACGCCUCGGGCCAGAGCUGGCAGCACGGCGGCAGCCAGAGGACCGUGGGCAGCCAGAGGAGGACCUCGGAGGACGAGUUUGGUACCGUGGAACUUGGCACGGACACGCUCACCGCAACCUAUGACAGUCAGAUGGAAAGUAGUGCGGUGAAGACGUGACUGCGUAUACCCUUACGCACCACUAACUCUUGGGAUAAUCCUGUGGAUAUGUAUUUGGUCUUUCACUUCUUUUUGGGGGGUCUUGAGUGUCUUGAGGGAUGAGGGGAUAAAAAAUGACCUCACUGACAAACUGGUAAGUGGAAAAAAUAUGGGUGGUAGAUUAUAUUAUGUAACGCAUGUUUUUCCUGGAUGGGAACCUUAUGCUGCUGAAGUGUUUCGAAUUCUACCAGUUUACAGCUAGACAUGUGUCAUUCGCUGAAGUGCGUCUUUUUACGGCUCUCCCCAGCAACGAAGGUACUUAUUAUUGCACAUACUGAACAUUACUGAAUGUCUGUCACAAAUUCAUUGUCAUGAAUGCGCAUCGACCGCAACAAAGUGAUCACCAUGCCUAUUCUACCUACCUCUGCCUACCUCAUAAAAGUUAUGUGGGUUUUUUUUUGCAUUUUGAAUCUCCUUUUUUUCAUUUGCUUGUUUUAUUAUAUCAAUUUGAAGUUACAUUCAAGUUACACUAAUGUAUUCAAAAGAUGGGAGAAAGAAAAAAAAAACGAGAGAUAGAGAAAGAGAUAGUGUAGGCAUGAGAUGCAGUAUGACAUGAAAGGAGAAAGACAUGAAAAGGCAUGAAAAAGGAGGAAGGUGUUACUGUACUGACCACCUGGCCGAUUAUGGUGAAGAACACUCUACUAGUAGACAUUCCAGAGGGAUGUAUGGCUCUUUGUCUUAAGGCAAGUGGGGCCCCCCUCGACAAUGAUGUAGGUCUCUGGAGUAAAAGAGGUGAAAUCUUAGACUGACAAGAGACAACAGGUGCAUUAUAAUGCCCCUUGUUCUGUCACCCAGCUGCACUUAUUUGAACUUGUACUUCUUCUUCUGACACAACAACAACGAAAGAAAAA